CUUGGUGGGCCUAUGAGACUGUUACCCCAAUAUGUUCUCUUCCAUUUGACCCCGAAGAGUGGCAAUGGGGCGGAGCCAAACCGCUGUCGGUCUAGGAACACCUCCUGCUCAAAGUCCGGCGCCACCUCCUCCUUCGAGUUCUCCGCCAGCUCCUGCUCCAUGUCCUCUACCACGUACUACUCAGAGUCUUGCGCCACCUCUUGCUCCAAGUCCUGCACCACUGCCAACUUCGGGUCCUCUAUCACCAUCGCCCGUUUCGCCAGUUCAGCCGCCCGCUACAGAGGUGGAGACGCAGGAGUUGGCAUCCUCCUUGCCUCAACACGGUCUUCUGCACAGAUCUACGGCGAUUCACCGGCUGAGGCUACGAUCACCUUCCUCCGGGGUUUUGCAGGAGGAGGUUGGACACCGUGCCCUUCCGACGAACAUGGGGGGGCCAGCCGUAGCGGAGGUGGAGGUGACAGCAACACCAACGGUGGAGGUGGAGGUAGCAGUAGAGGAGGAGGAGAUACGAGCAGUGGCGACGGGGGAGGAGGAGGUGCGAGUUGGAGUUGCUGUGGUGGGAGAGAAGGUGGAUGGUGUGGACGUCGAGGAGCGCCUCGUGCAACAGUUUGUCACCGAGGAGGUUGAUCCAGUGGUGGGCGGUUUUACCCCGGGUGUCGAGAGGGGGCCGGGGAUGUCUCCUCCCACAGGGUAUGCGGGUUCAGAGAUGGGGACCCACUUCGACUUUGACUUGUCGAUGGGCGCUCCCCCUAGUUGUGGCGGGGCGGCAUCCAUUGGUCGAGCGCCUUCGAUGCACGAGGCGGCAGGCGAGACGGGUUCGCGGACCUCGAGAGAGAGGACGGUAGUGGAGUCUCCAGAUGCGGCAUGCGACAUCAUAGAACGAGAGAGGGUUCGACUUAUGGCAUCCAGCGACCCGCGUGCUCAGCCGUUCGCACGGGCCUUGGAGGAGCGCAGGCGUCGAGAGACAGGCAGAGAUGGUCGGCAGGGUGGGGUGGUGGCGGGGGCGGUCCGGGUGAACGUUGCAGAGGCAGUGGCAGCAGAGGCGGUAGAUGACGUUGUGGAGGGUGGGCCACAGACAGUGGUUGAGGGUGUGGUUGGCGGGCCACAGAUGGCGGAUGAGGCUAUGGAGGCUGGACAGGGGCGAGACGGGGGGGCGGGCGACUCACAGGCCGUAGUUCAUGACACAACGGCGGGUUAGGUUGUCCCGUUCUCGGGCAUGCAGUUGGCCGAGGCCCGACGGUCGCAGUCGGCUGAG